AUGCGUCUUUCUGUCCUCCUCUUCACUCUUUGCCCGCUGGUCUUCGGUAAUAGCUUGGAGAUCAUGGACGUGGGUGGUCUGUGUUAUAUCUACUCGAACAGCACACGAGGCUGUACAGGAUCCUCGGAGGUGAUUGCGGUAUUAAAUGGCACUUCUUGCUCCAAUCUCAGCACGAUAGGGCACAACGAGCGCACCGAGACAAAUGCAGUCAAUGUGACUGUCUGUGGUCCCCACAGAGAAGCUGGUCAAGAGCUUGCUUGGAUCACAGCAGACAAGAGCGGUCUUCUCAAGUUUCAAAACAUCGGAGGAGACACAGCAAACUGUACAAUUGGCAAAGAGUUCACGGUGGGGACUUCCUGCUCUGCCCUUAGUGAUAGUUCGAUGAAAUCGGUCACAGAAACGCCUACAUUGAUCUCAUCUACUAGGGUUGUAGAAGUCAGCACUACUGCAUCCUCGAGCAUGAAACCGACGUCACCCAAACCCGUCUCGGUGGACUGCUAA